AUGACAUCUCAGGACCUGGUUAUUGCCGACGAAUGUGUUACAGAUGUCAGAGGAGGGCAAAGACCCUUGAAGCAGAAGUCCUUAAGGCCUCAGGGAAGAGAGGAAGAGCCAGGCCUUCGGAAUGUGGCUGGAAUAAGCAGUUGGCUUCAAAACUCUGACUUUGAGCUGCGGCAGGAAGAUUGUAGGACACAGUAUUGUGGAGGCUACGUUGAGGAGAAAGUCUUCACCCAUGAGAGGUUCAAGGGCGUGCCCGCCUCCGGGCGGAAUCGCGGCGCCCAGAGCAGUGGAGGUCGGCGUACGGCAGAGGGCGCAGAGGAACUGCUCCGUCUGCCCGGAGCCCAGGCUCCCCGGCCCUGGAGCACCCUCCUCCCACCCGGCCGCCUCCGCGCCCCACCGCCGAAUCGCUGGCUCGGCCUCCGAGCGAGUGUGGGCACCGUCAGGAAGCACCUUCCCAGGCCACCCCGCAGCUAUCAUCUGCCCCCUUAUCCGGCCGCAGCCCAUUUUCCGGUCAACCUAGUCCCUGGUCUACAGGCAGUCCCGGACGCGCCACACCCUCCACAGGCCAUCCCUCUCCUCCCGCAGUUCCUUCCUUUCCAGCUCCUUCCCAAGUGCUCAGUCAGGGACAUCUGCUCUGCCGCGGUUGCACCUUCAGGGAGGAAUAUUUUUAACACUGUGAUGCCACAAAAGGAAACUUCUGAAGGCUGGAUGAAAAUGGCCUCUGCAUUCACAGUGCCUCAGGGCCCAGAUGCCCAGAGCCUGUGGGACAAGGAAGAAGGAGAAUCCAGGGACAAGAAAGAAAGAGUGUAUUGGAGUAGCACUCUCUCCUGGAGGUGGUGGUGACCGAAUGUGAGGCCUCUCUCAGAGGGGGCUACACCUCCAGGGAAUCUUGGAGAGAGGAAUUCCCAAGCCAGAGGCCACGUGUGACCCGCAGAUGUUUUUGGUUUUGGUCAACAUCAUGGUAACCUCAAGAGUUUUGUAAGAAAAAAAAAAGAAGAUUUUACAUAAAAAUUUAGAUUUCUGGCUUAUUUUAGAAAAUGGAAGAACUGAAAAGUACUGGCCGCACAUUCCUACUAAGAACUGGUUAAGUGUUAUCGCCCUCUUUAAAAGAAGCCUUUGUUCGCUGGUUUGCUGCAGGCCCUACCAGUCCUUAUUGCUCCCUGUCAUUAUCUCUGGCCUCCUCCUUCCAGUUAUGCCACUGCCUGGCUCCUGUAGCAUCUGAGCUUGUGACCUUUGACUUCAUCCAAAGAAAUUACACAGUAAUAGGAGCACAGAGAACCAUGACGGCAAUAUUUCUGGGCAGAGGAGCAUCUCCUUGUUCUUAACAUCAUUCCAUUUGGGAGCCACCCUUCCUGGGAGAAGUGAAUGCUGCUACACAGCCUUGCGUGGAGCAUGUAGACUGCCAAAGGAUUUGGAAAAAAGUUCAUAAAGAUCUGCCAGCUCCCUGCCCCCACAGCCUGCCCCCUCCAGCAUCAGUAGUUGACCAUUUCAUCCUCAUCACCAGUGAGUUCAGGCCCCAAUUGCUCAUUCUCUGUGACCCAGGAUAGAGUCACCUUUGUGCCUGAGCCCAGCCUGACCUUGCAGCCGGUCCCAUUAUUAGGGCCCUUUGCUCUGUACCAGCUGAUCACAGAGUCUGGGGCUGCCCCUCACCUGAGUGCCUGCCUUGGCUUCCUACCAGCCCUGCAUUGCUCUGGGGACUAAGUUCUGCCCUGCCUUCCUAGGCAAGGUCCCUAGAACACCCGCUGCUGCCGCCAGAGUCCUUGAGCUGCAGGAAUUUCUUCCUUCUUCCACCUCUGCCUUUCCCAGAGGCUGACCUGCCCUAACCCCUUAGGAUAGGCCUUAUCCUGUUGUGUGCCCAGCCCUGUGCAUGAUGCUGCCAACACAGGUAAAAUUUGUCCAGGGAGUGGGGUUUAGGUGGGAUUUUGGCUCCCACUGGCCAUCUUUGUGCAGCUUUUGUGCACAACUGCACAAUGACUCUAAAUAUGUUCCCUGGCUCCUGAGCCCAGCCAUCACUGUUUGGCCUCAUCCUCCCACUGAUCUGGCUUCCUUUCUGAUACCUAUCCUCCAGUUCCUCAGCAUUUCCUCUCCCUCCUUGUCUCACAUCUAAGCCUGAGGAAAAAAGUGAUUAAUAUAAUAAUAAUUUACAUAUUGAGA